AUGAUUUCGAUUGCAACGUGUGUUGCUGUUUUUGUGGCGGCUUGGUUGAUGUAAGUUGGUUUCAAGAUUGAGUUUUCAUUUUUUGAAAGAAGAUCUUUUGGCCUCGAGGCCCUCAAGCAACUAGCGGAGGUUCGGCGCAGGGAUGCCGAAAAACAGAACUAUGAGGCUAUUUAGAGCUAGAAAUAGGCAAAAUUUUUUGUCCAAAAAUUGGACAAAGUAAUCUUGUCCAAUUUUUGGACGUAACCACCUUUUUUGGAUGUUUCAAUCAAAGAUUUGCGUUAUUUUUGUUCAGAAAUUAUAUGACUUUUAGAAAAGCCAUCUACCACACGACGUACUGGAGACGUCUGAAUGUCCCAGGUCCCCCAUCCUUGCCAGUUCUUGGCUGCCUUUGGACUACGGGCUGGAAUACCGUGUGCUACUCCAAGAUAAUCUCCGAAUGGUCGCGGAAGUACGGCGGCUGCUAUGGAUUCCAAAAAGGCGCUGUGAACUUCCUCGUUCUCAGCGAUCCAAAAUUAGUGAAGGAGGUCAUGGUGGAGAAAUUCAAUGUUUUCCACUCAAAAAGGGUCAGUUAUGAGAAAUGACCAAAGAUUUGCAUUGAAGAUAUGUACUGACCAUUUUUCUUUUUUCAGGAGGCUCCAUCGCAUGGAGAACCAGACCAAAUCGCCACGGUUAGCGUGUUUUCGGCAGGAGGGAAGCGUUGGAAGAGAAUUCGCAGCAUUUUGAAUCCGGCAUUUUCCACGAAGAAUCUUAAAAGGGUAGGGCAUCUAUAAUAUAAGUUUUAAGGCCCUUUAUGUAUAAUAGAGGUUUCAAAACCUCAUACAAAAGAUUCACAAGAUCUUAAAUUAAACUUUUCAGUUAAUGCCGACGAUAUACGAUGCUGCCGACCGAAUGGUAGAGCACAUGGAUAAAAGGAGAGUAAAUGGGAAAUCGCUCGAUGUCACACCGUAAGUUUUAACGCUCUCAACUUGCUACUUAGCGUCGCCACUUUUUAUUACUUUUUUGGUUCUAGAUUCUUCUUUGAAAUGACAUUGGACAUGAUGCUGCGAGUUGCGUUUGGUCAAGACGGCAGCAGACAAUGGCAAAAUCCGUUGGCAGACGAGCUUCGCUACCAAUUCAAGAACGUGAACAGUCUUAUCAUGAUGCUGUCUUGGAUGUUCCCAUCGUUUUGGCGACCACUUUACGAGAUUGAGCAGCGCAUGAACAUGAUUUCAAAGCGCGGAGUCGGCGCUGGAAUAUACAAAAUGGGAGAGUUGAUCAAGGAGAGGAAAAAGUUGAAGGUGAGUAGAAAUGCGUUGUUAGCAUCUAUUACAGUUUGCUUUUGACACUCUUUGACGCUUUUUUAUUAUAAAAAAAUUGUCUUCCAGGAUGCGGGAGAAAAGUCGGAAGGCCAUGAAGACUUUAUCGACAUCCUCCUUGAGAAUGAAACGACUGAGUCGCAAUAUGAGAAGACUGUGGUCUACAACAACGUAGAUGCCAAAGUGGUCAAGAAGAUGGACAUAACGGAGAUUCAGUAUUCUUGCUUGAUCUUCCUUCUGGCAGGGUAAGACAUACAAGACAGAUUUUUACCCUCUGUCUAUGGCCACAAGUUUAUUUGACCUUUUCAGCCCGGAAACAACGGCCGUCACCAUGACUUUUGUCACGUAUUAUCUGGCCAAAUACCCGGAAAUGCAGGAGAAAUUGAGAAAAGAAAUUGAAGACGUUUGUGUUGAUCCGGUAAGACAUAAAAUUCAGGAACACUCACUUUAUCACAUAUUUUCAGGAGCCCAGUUAUGAGCAACUCGCCGAACUAAAAUACGCCGAGAUCUUUGUCAGAGAGGCUCUGAGAUUAGAACCAAAUGCCUCGGGGUGAGUGAUUUUGGUCGUGGUUAACCCUUUUCGGACGAGUCGGCACGUCCUGCUAAAAAUGAAAGAGGGCACCCUGCUGAGCAACGGCAUAAUAGUGGUUCAGUCCAUCGAAGGGUUAUUUGGGACUUAUGAAAAAAAAAUGUCCUAAAAGGUACCCCCCAUUUGACAUAUCUCUUUUAAAAUUUUUGUGACAAGCUGCAGGUCGGAAACUACCCCUAAAUUAAAGUCGAGGAGUCCUAGUACUGUUACAUCCAAGAACUGUCCGAAUCGGACCACUAUAGGAUUUGUUAUCGAUUUUUUGAAGUUGAAUUUUUAAUUUUGGUCCAUUUUGGUCCUAAAAUCAAGUAUCUUACUCGAUCGUUUAACAAACGAAAUUUUUUUUAGAGCCAUCAGUCGCCGCUGCACCCAGGACACAUAUCUGAGCAACGGUGUGUUUGUCAAGGCUGGAACUGCAAUCGAAAUUGACGCUCCGACAUUGCAUCGGAAUACUGAGGUUUGGGGAGAGGAUGCCAAUGAAUUUAGACCGGAAAGGUAAGGAAUACAAGAAGUGGGGCCCUUAGAUUUUUCAAAAAUAGUGCAAAUAGGAGGAAUUGCUUGACAUUUGAAGUGGUUAUGCCUUCAAGGGUUUUUACAAUGCAAGUAAUAUUAGUUUUGUCAUUUAUUUUGAGUUUGAAAGUGAUCCUGGACGCGAGCUGCGUUAUUAAAACCGUAGCGAGCUACAGUGGCAUACCUGAUCCAGUGGCAAAAAACAUACCAUUUUGCAUCCCAGAAGUAUCAAAAAUGUGACAAAAUACCUCCAUUUCCAAGUGAAAGACUCCGAUUUCAGAAGCACGCCCGCUUUUUUUGUGAGGGAAAAGGCCGCUUUUCAAAACGGAGUUUUUUUCACCUGGAGAGGGAGGUAUUUUGCUGCAUUUUCGAUACUUCCCGGAUGCAAAAUGGCAUAUCGUUUGCCACUGGAUCCGGGCCUCUGCUGUAAUUUGACUCGAUGUAUCGCAUUCCGCAGCCGACCUCGAAAGUUAUUUCCUCGAAAGAAACUGAAGUUUAUCCCUUCCUUUUACAGAUAUCUCGAGCCUUCUGCUAUCGAGCAAAGUUACUCGUUUGGUGGUGGUCCCCGGAUUUGUAUUGGGAUGAGGCUAGCGCUGCUCACAGAGAAGAUCUUACUCGUCAAACUGCUGCGUAAAUACCGCUUUAAAAUGGCCGCUGACACCGACUCUUUCGCGUACACUGGAGCAUUUACCUAUACGGUUGAUCGUAUGAACGUGCUGCUUGAAGAACUUUAA